UUGGUGGACACCAGAGCCCUGGUCUCCCUCCAACCACUCCUGAGCCUCCCGCUGCCUCAACCCACGCGUCCUGCUGCUUCGCUGAUCGACUUUCCCUCUGACCUGUAGCUGAAUCUCCCACCCACGCUUGAGGACUUCGUUUGAACCCCAUCCUUUCCCAGACCCCUUUCUCCUCCUCCUCCUGCUCCAGGUGCCCAACAACCCCCUUCCCUCCCCUCACUCCAUCUCCUCCCCUCCCUCCCCCAGCUCCCUUUUUCCUCCCUCCCUCUCCCCCACCCCCAUCCUUUCCCCUUCCGUCCCCCAUCCCCCAUCCUUCUCCCCUUCCCUCCCACAGCCCUAAGCCACCCCCACCUCUGUCCUGGCCGCCUCAUGGCGCCCUGAGAGGACCAGGACAUGUGGCUGCGGUGGUUGCUCUUUUGGCUCCUCGUGCUGGGGUUUCCCAGCCAUCAAUGCACUCAGGUCAUCGAUGUCCUGCUUGCAAGUUUGUAUCCCGGGCCUGGCUUUUCUGAACUUCCCUGGAUGCUUAUUAUCAUUGCUGUCUCCCUGGGAAUUUGUUCCCUUGCCGUUUUGUUGUGGAUAACUGGCCUUGGUGUCAACAUGGCUGAAGAGGAACCUCGUCCUCUGCCACAAUGGCCCAACCUACCCUACUUCAUGGCUGGCCCUUCCAGACCAUUGAUGGGUGGCCAGGCACCUCCUCCACCUCGGGGUCCUCUGGGACCUCGAUCACUCUCUGCAACUGAAGGUUCUCUAGAAGCUCUGAUACCUCCUCCACUGGAACAUCCUCUGGAGCCUGAAACACCUUCUCCAGCUGAAGGUUUCCUGAGAUCUCAGACAGCUCACACAAGUGAGAUUCUGAAGGAACCUCAGCAACAUACUCCAGUCGAGUGUCCCCUGGAAAGGCAAUUACCUCGUAACCUUGAGUAUCCUCUGGAACUUAAACAAUCUCCUAUACUACAGUGUCCACUGGAACCUCAACUACCGCUUGAAAGUGAGCAUCCCCUGGGAGAUCAACAACCUCCUAUAAUACAGUAUCCACUGGGACCCCAACCACCUCCUGAAUGUGAGGGUCCCCUGGAAGUCCAACAUUCUGCAAUACUACAAUGUCCACUGGGACAUCAACCACCUCGUGAACUUGAGUGUUCACCAGAACCACAACCAUUUUUAUCUGAGAAUUCUACGGGACCUCAGACACUACCGAUACCCGAGUGUCUUCUGGAGGCUGAAGCACCUUGUCCAACUGAAGCAUUGCUGCCACCCCUGGUACCUUGUCUAAUAGAAAGUUUUCUUGGACCUGAACCACCAACUCCAGCUGACUGUUUGGUAGGAAUUCUAACAUACCUACUGACCUGUCCUCCAGAACCUCUACCACCUCCUGAAGGUGACGAUUUUCUGGAACGUGAGUCACAGCCUCCACUCGGGUUUCCACUGGGACCUCAACAACCUCCAGAAGAAGGUUAUGUGGAACCUCCAUCACCUCGUGUACUCGAGUGUUUGCUGGGCCCUCAAACAGGUCCUGCAGUGGAGUGCCCACUGGAAUAUCAACCACCUCCAGAACGUGAGUGUCCCCUGGAAGAUCAACAACAUCCUAUAAUACAGUAUCCACAGGGACCUCAAACACCUCUUGAACGUGAGUGUCUCCUGGAAGAUCAACAACCACCUAUACUACAAUGUCAACCGGGACCUCAACCACCUUUUGAACAUGAGUUUCCCCAGGAAGUCCAACAACCUCCAAUACUACAGUGUCCACUGAGACAUCAACCAUCUCCAGAAGUUAAGUGUCCCCUAGAAGAUCGACAAGGACCUAUAAUACAAUGUCAACCGGGACCUCAACCACCUCUAGAACAUGAGUGUCCCCAGGAAGUCCAACAACCUCCAAUCCUGCAGUGCCCACUGGGACAUCAACCAUUUCCAGAACGUGAGUGUCCCCGGGAAGAUCAACAAUAUUGUAUAAUUCAAUGUGAACUGGGACCUCAACCACCUCUAGAACAUGAGUGUCCCCAGGAAGUUCAACAAUUUCCAAUACUACAGUGCCCACUGGGACAUCAACUGUCUCCAGAAUGUGAGAGUCCCCUGGAAGAUCGACAACAUCCUGUAAUUCAAUGUGAACUAGGACCUCAACCACCUCUAGAACAUAAGUGUCCCCAGGAAGUCCAACAACCUCCAAUACUGCAGUGCCCACUGGGACAUCAACCAUCUCCAGAAAGUGAGUGUCCCCUGGAAGAUCGACAACAUCCUAUAAUUCAGUGUGAACUGGGACCUCAACCACCUCGUGAACUUGAGUGUUCACCAGAACCACAACCAUUUUUAUCUGAGAAUUCUCCGGGACCUCAGACACUACCGAUACUUGAGUGUCCUCUGGAUGCUGAAGCACCUUGUCCAACUGAAGCAUUGCUGCCACCCCUGGUACCUUGUCUAAUAGAGUGCUUUCUGGGACCCGAACGACCAACUCCAGCUGAUUGUUUGGUAGGAAUCCUAACAUAUCUACUGACCUGUCCUCCAGAACCUCUACCACCUCCUGAAGGUGACGAUUUUCUGGAACGUGAGUCACAGCCUCCACUCGGGUUUCCACUGGGACCUCAAGCACCUCCAGAAGAAGGGUAUGUGGAACCUCCAUCACUUCGUGUACUCGAGUGUUUGCUGGGCCCUCAAAUAGGUCCUGUAGUGCAGGGCCCACUGGAAUAUCAACCACCUCCAGAACGUGAGUGUCCCCUGGAAGAUCGACAACCUCCUAUAAUUCAGUGUGAACUGGGACCUCAAACACCUCUUGAACAUGAGUUUCCCCAGGAAGUCCAACAACCUCCAAUAACACAGUGCCCACUGGGACAACAACCAUCUCCAGAACGUGAGUGUCCCAUGAAAGUUCAACAACCUCCUAUAAUGCAGUAUCCACAGGGACCUCAACCACCUCUUAAACGUGAGUGUCCCCUGAAAGAUCAACAAUCACCUAUACUACACUGUCAACCGGGACCUCAGCCACCUCUUGAAUGUGAGUGUCUCCUGGAAGAUCAACAACCACCUAUACUACAAUGUCAACCGGGACCCCAACCACCUUUUGAACAUGAGUUUCCCCAGGAAGUCCAACAACCUCCAAUACUACAGUGCCCACUGAGACAUCAACCAUCUCCAGAACUUAAGUGUCCCCUGGAAGAUCGACAACCACCUAUACUACAAUGUCAACCGGGACCUCAACCACCUCUAGAACAUGAGUGUCCCCAGGAAGUCCAACAACCUCCAAUCCUGCAGUGCCCACUGGGACAUCAACCAUUUCCAGAAUGUGAGUGUCCCCAGGAAGAUCAACAACAUUGUAUAAUUCAAUGUGAACUGGGAUCUCAACCACCUCUAGAACAUGAGUGUCCCCAGGAAGUUCAACAAUUUCCAAUACUACAGUGCCCACUGGGACAUCAACCAUCUCCAGAAUGUGAGAGUCCCCUGGAAGAUCGACAACAUCCUGUAAUUCAAUGUGAACUAGGACCUCAACCACCUCUAGAACAUGAGUGUCCCCAGGAAGUCCAACAACCUCCAAUACUGCAGUGCCCACUGGAACAUCAACCAUCUCCAGAAAGUGAGUGUCCCCUGGAAGAUCGACAACAUCCUAUAAUUCAGUGUGAACUGGGACCUCAACCACGUCAUGAACUUGAGUGUUCACCAGAACCACAACCAUUUUUAUCUGAGAAUGCUCCGGGACUUCAGACACUACCGAUACUUGAGUGUCCUCUGGAUGCUGAAGCACCUUGUCCAACUGAAGCAUUGCUGCCACCCCUGGUACCUUGUCUAAUAGAGUGCUUUCUGGGACCCGAACGACCAACUCCAGCUGAUUGUUUGGUAGGAAUCCUAACAUAUCUACUGACCUGUCCUCCAGAACCUCUACCACCUCCUGAAGGUGACGAUUUUCUGGAACGUGAGUCACAGCCUCCACUCGGGUUUCCACUGGGACCUCAAGCACCUCCAGAAGAAGGUUAUGUGGAACCUCCAUCACUUCGUGUACUCGAGUGUUUGCUGGGCCCUCAAAUAGGUCCUGUAGUGCAGGGCCCACUGGAAUAUCAACCACCUCCAGAACGUGAGUGUCCCCUGGAAGAUCGACAACCUCCUAUAAUUCAGUGUGAACUGGCACCUCAAACACCUCUUGAACAUGAGUGUCUCCUGGAAGAUCAACAACCACCUAUACUACAAUGUCAACCGGGACCUCAACCACCUUUUGAACAUGAGUUUCCCCAGGAAGUCAAACAACCUCCAAUAACACAGUGCCCACUGGGACAACAACCAUCUCCAGAACGUGAGUGUCCCAUGAAAGUUCAACAACCUCCUAUAAUGCAGUAUCCACAGGGACCUCAACCACCUCUUAAACGUGAGUGUCCCCUGAAAGAUCAACAAUCACCUAUACUACACUGUCAACCGGGACCUCAGCCACCUCUUGAAUGUGAGUGUCUCCUGGAAGAUCAACAACCACCUAUACUACAAUGUCAACCGGGACCUCAACCACCUUUUGAACAUGAGUUUCCCCAGGAAGUCCAACAACCUCCAAUACUACGGUGCCCACUGAGACAUCAACCAUCUCCAGAACUUCAGUGUCCCCUGGAAGAUCGACAACCACCUAUACUACAAUGUCAACCGGGACCUCAACCACCUCUAGAACAUGAGUGUCCCCAGGAAGUCCAACAACCUCCAAUCCUGCAGUGCCCACUGGGACAUCAACCAUUUCCAGAAUGUGAGUGUCCCCAGGAAGAUCAACAACAUUGUAUAAUUCAAUGUGAACUGGGACCUCAACCACCUCUAGAACAUGAGUGUCCCCAGGAAGUUCAACAAUUUCCAAUACUACAAUGCCCACUGGGACAUCAACCAUCUCCAGAAUGUGAGAGUCCCCUGGAAGAUCGACAACAUCCUGUAAUUCAAUGUGAACUAGGACCUCAACCACCUCUAGAACAUGAGUGUCCCCAGGAAGUCCAACAACCUCCAAUACUGCAGUGCCCACUGGAACAUCAACCAUCUCCAGAAAGUGAGUGUCCCCUGGACGAUCGACAACAUCCUAUAAUUCAGUGUGAACUGGGACCUCAACCACCUCGUGAACUUGAGUGUUCACCAGAACCACAACCAUUUUUAUCUGAGAAUUCUCCGGGACCUCAGACACUACCGAUACUUGAGUGCCCUCUGGAUGCUGAAGCACCUUGUCCAACUGAAGCAUUGCUGCCACCCCUGGUACCUUGUCUAAUAGAGUGCUUUCUGGGACCCGAACGACCAACUCCAGCUGAUUGUUUGGUAGGAAUCCUAACAUAUCUACUGACCUGUCCUCCAGAACCUCUACCACCUCCUGAAGGUGACGAUUUCCUGGAACGUGAGUCACAGCCUCCACUCGGGUUUCCACUGGGACCUCAAGCACCUCCAGAAGAAGGUUAUGUGGAACCUCCAUCACCUCGUGUACUUGAGUGUUUGCUGGGCCCUCAAACAGGUCCUGCAGUGGAGUGCCCACUGGAAUAUCAACCACCUCCAGAACGAGAGUGUCCCCUGGAAGAUCGACAACCUCCUAUAAUUCAGUGUGAACUGGGACCUCAACCACCUCUAGAACGUGAGUGUCCCCAGGAAGUCCAACAACCUACAAUACUACAGGGCCCACGGGGACAUCAACCAUUUCCAGAACAUGAGUGUCCCAUGGAAGUUCAACAACCUUCUAUAAUACAGUAUUUACAGGGACAUCAACCACCUCUUAAACAUGAGUGUCCCCUGGAAGAUCAACAAUCACCUAUACUACAAUUUCAACCGGGACCUCAACCACCUCUUGAAUGUGAGUGUCCCCAGGAAGUCCAACAACCUCCAAUACUACAGUGCCCACUGAGACAUCAACCAUCACCAGAACGUGAGUAUCCUGUGGAAGUUCAACAACCUCCUAUAAUACAGUAUCCACAGGGACCACAAACACCUCUUGAAUGUGAGUGUCCCCAGGAAGUCCAACAACCUCCAAUACUACAGUGCCCACUGGGACAUCAACCAUCUCCAGAACGUGAGUGUCCCCUGGAAGAUCGACAACCUCCUAUAAUUCAGUGUGAACUGGGACCUCAAACACCUCUUGAACGUGAGUGUCUCCUGGAAGAUCAACAACCACCUAUACUACAAUGUCAAACGGGACCUCAACCACCUUUUGAACAUGAGUUUCCCCAGGAAGUCCAACAACCUCCAAUACUACAGUGCCCACUGAGACAUCAACCACCUCCAGAACUUAAGUGUCCCCUGGAAAAUCGACAACCACCUAUAAUACAAUGUCAAGCGGGACCUCAACCACCUCUAGAACAUGAGUGUCCCCAGGAAGUCCAACAGCCUCCAAUCCUGCAGUGCCCACUGGGACAUCAACCAUUUCUAGAACAUGAGUGUCCCCGGGAAGAUCAACAACAUCGUAAAAUUCAAUGUGAACUGGGACCUCGACCACCUCUAGAACAUGAGUGUCCCCAGGAAAUCCAAGAACCUCCAAUACUGCAGUGCCCACUGGAACAUCAGCCAUCUCCAGAACGUGAGUGUCCCUUGGAAGAUCGACAACAUCCUAUAAUUCAGUGUGAACUGGGACCUCAACCACCUCGUGAACUUGAGUGCUCACCAGAACCACAACCAUUUUUAUCUGGUAAUUCUCCGGGACCUCAGACACUACCGAUACUUGAGUGUCCUCUGGAAGCUGAAGCAUCUUGUCCAACUGAAGCAUUGCUGCCACCCCUGGUACCUUGUCUAAUAGAGUGCUUUCUGGGACCCGAACGACCAACUCCAGCUGAUUGUUUGGUAGGAAUCCUAACAUAUCUACUGACCUGUCCUCCAGAACCUCUACCACCUCCUGAAGGUGAUGAUUUUCUGGAACAUGAGUCACAGCCUCCACUCGAGUUUCCAUUGGGACCUCAAGCACCUCCAGAAGAAGGUUAUGUGGAACCUCCAUCACCUCGUGUACUCGAGUGUUUGCUGGGCCCUGAAACUUGUCCUGUAGUGGAGUGCCCACUGGAAUAUCAACCACCUCCAGAAUGUGAGUGUCCCCUGGAAGAUCGACAACCACCUAUACUACAAUGUCAAUUGGGACCUCAACCACCUCUAGAACGUGAGUGUCCCCAGGAAGUCCAACAACCUCCAAUACUACAGUGCCCACUCGGACAUCAACCAACUCCAGAUUGUGAGUGUCCCCUGGAAGAUCGACAAUAUCUUAUAAUUCAGUGUGAACUGGGACCUCAACCACCUCUAGAAUGUGAGUGUCCCCGGGAAGUCCAACAACCUCCACUACUACAGGACCCACUGGGACAUCAACCAUCUCCGGAACGUAAGUGUCCCGUGGAAGAUCGACAACCACCUAUAAUACAAUGUCAACCGGGACCUCCACCACCUCUUGAACGUAAGUGUCUCCUGGAAGAUCAACAACCACCUAUACUACAAUGUGAACCGGGACCUCAACCACCUCUUGAACAUGAGUGUCCCCAGGAAGUCCAACAACCUCCAAUCCUGCAGUGCCCACUUGGGCAUCAACCAUUUCCAGAACGUGAGUGUCCCCGGGAAGAUCGACAACAUCGUAUAAUUCAAUGUGAACUGGGACCUCAACCACCUCUAGAACAUGAGUGUCCCCAGGAAGUUCAACAACUUCCACUACUACAGUGCCCACUUGGACAUCAACCAUCUCAAGAAUGUGAGUGUCCCCUGGAAGAUCAACAGCAUCCUAUAAUUCAGUGUGAACUGGGACCUCAACCACCUCAUGAACUUGAGUGUUCACCAGAACCACAACCAUUUUUAUCUGAGAACUCUCCGGGACCUCAGACACUACCGAUACUUGAGUGUCCUCUGGAAGCUGAAGCACCUUGUCCAACUGAAGCAUUGCUGCCACCCCUAGUACCUUGUCUAAUACAGUGCUUUCUAGGAUCCGAACGACCAACUCCAGCUGAUUGUUUAACAUAUCUACUGACCUGUCCUCCAGAACCUCUACCACCUCCUGAAGGUGACGAUUUUCUGGAACGUGAGUCACCGCCUCCACUCGGAUUUCCACUGGGACCUCAAGCACCUCCAGAAGAAGUUUAUGUGGAACCUCCAUCACCUCAUUUACUCGAGUGUUUGCUGGGCCCUCAAACAGGUCCUGUAGUGCAGGGCCCACUGGAAUAUCAACCACCUCCAGAACGUGAGUGUCCCCUGGAAGAUCGACAACAUCCUAUAAUUCAGUGUAAACUGGGACCUCAACCACCUCUAGAACGUGAGUGUCCCCAGGAAGUCCAACAACCUACAAUACUACAGGGCCCACGGGGACAUCAACCAUUUCCAGAACAUGAGUGUCCCAUGGAAGUUCAACAACCUUCUAUAAUACAGUAUUUACAGGGACAUCAACCACCUCUUAAACAUGAGUGUCCCCUGGAAGAUCAACAAUCACCUAUACUACAAUGUCAACCGGGACCUCAACCACCUCUUGAAUGUGAGUGUCCCCAGGAAGUCCAACAACCUCCAAUACUACAGUGCCCACUGGGACAUCAACCAUCUCCAGAAGUUAAGUGUCCCCUGGAAGAUCGACAACCACCUAUAAUACAAUGUCAACCGGGACCUCAACCACCUCUAGAACAUAAGUGUCCCCAGGAAGUCCAACAGCCUCCAAUCCUGCAUUGCCCACUGGCACAUCAACCAUUUCCAGAACAUGAGUGUCCCCGGGAAGAUCAACAUCAUCGUAUAAUUCAAUGUGAACUGGGACCUCGACCACCUCUAGAACAUGAGUGUCCCCAGGAAAUCCAAGAACCUCCAACACUGCAGUGCCCACUGGAACAUCAGCCAUCUCCAGAACGUGAGUGUCCCCUGGAAGAUCGACAACAUCCUAUAAUUCAGUGUGAACUGGGACCUCAACCACCUCGUGAACUUGAGUGUUCACCAGAACCACAACCAUUUUUAUCUGAGAAUUCUCCGGGACCUCAGACACUACCGAUACUUGAGUGUCCUCUGGAAGCUGAAGCACCUUGUCCAACUGAAGCAUUGCUGCCACCCCUGGUACCUUGUCUAAUAGAGUGCUUUCUGGGACCCGAACGACCAACUCCAGCUGAUUGUUUGGUAGGAAUCCUAACAUAUCUACUGACCUGUCCUCCAGAACCUCUACCACCUCCUGAAGGUGACGAUUUUCUGGAAUGUGAGUCACAGCCUCCUCUCGGGUUUCCAUUGGGACCUCAAGCACCUCCAGAAGAAGGUUAUGUGGAACCUCCAUCACCUCGUGUACUCGAGUGUUUGCUGGGUCCUCAAACAGGUCCUGUAGUGGAGUACCCACUGGAAUAUCAACCACCUCCAGAACGUGAGUGUCCCCUGGAAGAUAGACAACAUCCUAUAACUCAGUGUGAACUGAGACCUCAACCACCUCCAGAACGUGAGUGUCCCCUUGAAGAUCAACAACAUCCUAUAAUUCAGUGUAAACUGGGACCUCAACCACCUCUAGAACGUGAGUGUCCCCUGGAAGAUCAACAAUCACCUAUACUACGAUGUCAACCGGGACCUCAGCCACCUCUUGAACAUGAGUGUCCCCAGGAAGUCCAACAUCCUUUAAUAUUACAGUGCCCCCUGGGACAUCAACCAUCACCACAACGUGAGUGUCCUUUGGAAGUUCAACAACCUCCUAUAAUACAGUAUCCACAGGGACCUCAAACACCUCUUGAACGUGAGUGUCUCCUGGAAGAUCAACAACCACCUAUACUACAAUGUCAAUUGGGACCUCAACCACCUCUAGAACGUGAGUGUCCCCAGGAAGUCCAAGAACCUCCAAUACUACAGUGCCCACUCGGACAUCAACCAACUCCAGAUUGUGAGUGUCCCCUGGAAGAUCGACAACAUCUUAUAAUUCAGUGUGAACUGGGACCUCAAACACCUCUAGAACGUGAGUGUCCCCGGGAAGUCCAACAACCUCCACUACUACAGGACCCACUGGGACAUCAACCAUCUCCGGAACGUAAGUGUCCCCUGGAAGAUCGACAACCACCUAUAAUACAAUGUCAACCGGGACCUCAACCACCUCGUGAACGUAAGUGUCUCCUGGAAGACCAACAACCACCUAUACUACAAUGUGAACCGGGACCUCAACCACCUCUUGAACAUGAGUGUCCCCAGGAAGUACAACAACCUCCAAUCCUGCAGUGCCCACUGGGACAUCAACCAUCUCCAGAAUGUGAGUGUCCCCUGGAUGAUCGACAACAUCCUGUAAUUCAAUGUGAACUAGGACCUCAACCACCUCUAGAACAUGAGUGUCCCCAGGAAGUCCAACAACCUCCAAUACUGCAGUGCCCACUGGGACAUCAAGCAUCUCCAGAACCUGAGAGUCCCCUGGAAGAACGACAACAUCGUAUAAUUCAGUAUGAACUGGGACCUCAGCCACCUCUAGAACAUGAGUGUCCCCAGGAAGUACAACCACCUCCAAUACUACAGUGCCCACUGGGACAUCAACCAUCUUCAGAACGUGAGUGUCCCCUGGAAGAUCAACAGCAUCCUAUAAUUCAGUGUGAACUGGGACCUCAACCACCUCGUGAACUUGAGUGUUCACCAGAACCACAACCAUUUUUAUCUGAAAACUCUCCGGGACCUCAGACACUACCGAUACUUGAGUGUCCUCUGGAAGCUGAAGCACCUUGUCCAACUGAAGCAUUGCUGCCACCCCUGGUACCUUGUCUAAUAGAGUGCUUUCUGGGACCAGAACGACCAACUCCAGCUGACUGUUUGGUAGGAAUUCUAACAUAUCUACUGACCUGUCCUCCAGAACCUCUACCACCUCCUGAAGGUGACGAUUUUCUGGAAUGUGAGUCACAGCCUCCACUCGGAUUUCCACUGGGACCUCAAGCACCUCCAGAAGAAGGUUAUGUGGAACCUCCAUCACCUCGUGUACUCGAGUGUUUGCUGGGCCCUCAAACAGGUCCUGUAGUGCAGGGCCCACUGGAAUAUCAGCCACCUCCAGAACGUGAGUGUCCCCUGGAAGAUCGACAACCUCCUAUAAUUCAGUGUGAACUGGGACCUCAACCACCUCUAGAACUUGAGUGUCCCCAGGAAGUCCAACAACCUACAAUACUACAGGGCCCACGGGAACAUCAACCAUUUCCAGAACAUGAGUGUCCCAUGGAAGUUCAACAACCUUCUAUAAUACAGUAUUUACAGGGACAUCAACCACCUCUUAAACAUGAGUGUCCCCUGGAAGAUCAACAAUCACCUAUACUACAAUGUCAACCGGGACCUCAACCACCUCUUGAAUGUGAGUGUCCCCAGGAAGUCCAACAACCUCCAAUACUACAGUGCCCACUGGGACAUCAACCAUCUCCAGAACAUGAGUGUCCCCUGGAAGAUCGACAACCUCCUAUAAUUCAGUGUGAACUGGGACCUCAAACACCUCUUGAACGUGAGUGUUUCCUGGAAGAUCAACAACCACCUAUACUACAAUGUCAACCAGGACCUCAACCACCUUUUGAACAUGAGUUUCCCCAGGAAGUCCAACAACCUCCAAUACUACAGUGCCCACUGAGACAUCAACCAUCUCCAGAACUUAAGUGUCCCCUGGAAGAUCGACAACCACCUAUAAUACAAUGUCAACCGGGACCUCAACCACCUCUAGAACAUAAGUGUCCCCAGGAAGUCCAACAGCCUCCAAUCCUGCAGUGCCCACUGGGACAUCAACCAUUUCUAGAACAUGAGUGUCCCCGGGAAGAUCAACAACAUCGUAUAAUUCAGUGUGAACUGGGACCUCGACCACCUCUAGAACAUGAGUGUCCCCAGGAAAUCCAAGAACCUCCAACACUGCAGUGCCCACUGGAACAUCAGCCAUCUCCAGAACGUGAGUGUCCCCUGGAAGAUCGACAACAUCCUAUAAUUCAGUGUGAACUGGGACCUCAACCACCUCGUGAACUUGAGUGCUCACCAGAACCACAACCAUUUUUAUCUGGUAAUUCUCCGGGACCUCAGACACUACCGUUACUUGAGUGUCCUCUGGAAGCUGAAGCACCUUGUCCAACUGAAGCAUUGCUGCCACCCCUGGUACCUUGUCUAAUAGAGUGCUUUCUGGGACCCGAACGACCAACUCCAGCUGAUUGUUUGGUAGGAAUUCUAACAUAUCUACUGACCUGUCCUCCAGAACCUCUACCACCUCCUGAAGGUGACGAUUUUCUGGAACGUGAGUCACAGCCUCCACUCGGGUUUCCACAGGGACCUCAAGCACCUCCAGAAGGUUAUGUGGAACCUCCAUCACCUCGUGUACUCGAGUGUUUGCUGGGCCCUCAAACAGGUCCUGUAGUGCAGGGCCCACUGGAAUAUCAACCACCUCCAGAACAUGAGUGUCCCCAGGAAUUCCAACAACCUCCAAUACUACAGUGCCCACUCGGACAUCAACCAACUCCAGAUUGUGAGUGUCCCCUGGAAGAUCGACAACAUCCUAUAAUUCAGUGUAAACUGGGACCUCAACCACCUCUAGAACGUGAGUGUCCCCUGGAAGAUCAACAAUCACCUAUACUACAAUGUCAACCGGGACCUCAGCCACCUCUUGAACAUGAGUGUCCCCAGGAAGUCCAACAUCCUUUAAUAUUACAGUGCCCCCUGGGACAUCAACCAUCACCACAACGUGAGUGUCCUUUGGAAGUUCAACAACCUCCUAUAAUACAGUAUCCACAGGGACCUCAAACACCUCUUGAACGUGAGUGUCUCCUGGAAGAUCAACAACCACCUAUACUACAAUGUCAAUUGGGACUUCAACCACCUCUAGAACGUGAGUGUCCCCAGGAAGUCCAACAACCUCUUAUACGACAGUGUCCAGUGGGACCUCAAGCACCUCCUGAAGGAUAAUUUCAAAAUUAGAAGACUCUCCUGAGCCGUGAUAUCUUUGCAAAGUUUCCAACAUGUUUUACACUCCAUGCUGGUGCUGUCUCCUCCCCCUGUCAUUUCCAUAAUGUCUCCCUUAAUAAACAUUUGCAGUCCUAUCUGUCUGGGCAUCUG